AUGAACCUGAUGAGCGGAUGUGAUGCCCAUCAGCUUCUGGGGAGGCUGGCAAGGAAAGAAAAGCAUCUGGACAAGGAGGUGAGCUUCAGUGAGCUGGCCACCCAGGGGCUCCCCAACUCAAUUGCCAUGUACCUGGUCACUGUGCUGGGGAACAUGUGCAUCAUCCUGGCCGUUGGCUCUGACCCUCACCUCCACACCCCCAUGUACUUCUUCCUGGCCAACCUGUCCUUCAUUGACACCUGCUUCUCCUGCACCAUUGUCCCAAAGGUGCUGGUCAACAUCCAGACACAGCACCACACCAUCUCCUACACUGGGUGCCUCAUGCAGAUGUACUUUUUCAUAGCAUUGACCCUGCUGGAUGACUUCCUGCUGGCUGUGAUGCCAUAUGACAGCUACAUGGCCACUUUCCUCCCUCUUCACUAUACCAUGAUCAUGUGUCCCCAGCACUGCCUGCUGCUGGUCACCACACCCUGGCUCUGUGCCCAUCUCCUGGCCUUCUCACCUACUCUCCUCAUGUUCUCCUUCUGUGCCCCUCAUUCCAUCCCACACUUCUUCUGUGAUCUUCUCCCACUCCUCAAACUUGCCUGCUUAGACAUCCAUAUCAUUCAGGUCCAGAUGUCUGCAGAGGCAACACUGUCAUGUGUGGCCCCUCUCACUUUUAUCCUGGUCUCUUAUGCCCAUAUUAUCCACACAAUCCUCUGGGUCCCCUCUACGGGGGGAAAGCACAAAGUCUUCUCUAUCUGUUGCGCUCAACUGACAGUCAUCACUCUCUUCUACGGGACCCUCUUUCUGGUCUAUGUCCAGCCCUCCUCCUCCUACUCUUCAGACACUGGAAUGGUGGCCUCUGUGAUAUAUACAGUGGUCACCCCCAUGCUGAACCCCUUUAUCUACAGCCUGAGGAACAGGGACAUGAAGGAAGCCUUGUGGAGACUUGUUGGGUAUGGAAGAUGUUCCACCCCAUAA